UCGAAUACAAGUGAUAGAUAAUGUGGAGGUAAAGCAGUUUGGUUUAUAACAAUAAGGUUAUCACAAACAACUACACUGAACCAAAGCAAAAAAAAGAAACCUCCACAAGAUCUCCAAGACAAUCAGACACAGGAGAUGGAUCUAAAUACAGAGGAGGAUGGCCAUUCAGUAUUGGAGAUAAUAGCGAACUGCCUGGUAUUGCUGUUGAUUCUAGUAAUAACAAGACUCAACAAAAUGCACUUGAAGUAUCAACCCGAGACUGCAAAAUCAGCCCGAGGGCCGAAGGACGAUACUGAUAGUGAAGAUGAAGACAACAAGAGAGGUGAAUUUCACGGUCCUCGAACACAAGUGAUAGAGCAUGCGGAGGUAAUGCAGUUUGGUCCAAACAAUACGGUUAUCAUAAACAACUACACUUUAGCUAAACCCCAAGACAAAUCAGCAGGUGGAUCUAAAGACGGAGGAGGAGAAGAUUACAGAAAUGCAGAUGGUGGCAGACUUUCUGGUCGUGCUAUUGAUAUGUUAAUAGCUAAGAAGAAGUCUGUUGGCAUCAUCCGUGGACCGGGAAACCUUCAGGGUACUGGUUUUCUUCUAAAAAACCACUUAGUGAUGACCUCCUACCACCUAAUCAAGGAUAUCGUUUCAGGAGACGAAAAUGAAAAAUGUCUGAAUCGACAACAUACCGAGAAUAAGAAGAUAUCCAUACAAUUUGAUUAUCAGCAGGCAGCAGAUGCUGGAAGUGUGCAGAAUUAUUUUUACUUCACACCAGACAUUCAAUAUUACAACCAUGAACUUGAUGUUGCUGUCCUGAAACUUUUACAAGAUUCAACUAACCUACCAGAAUGUUUUGAGCACUUCAGUCCUUUCCAACGUGGGAUGAAAGCACACAUGAUUGGUCAUCCUCAAGGAGGUAUAUUAGAGGUAGAAGCAAACAUUGAAGGCUUUCAAAUUUCUGAUGAGUUGUACAAGGAUGCAGUAGCCUGGAGUACUGCAAAAUACCGUGAAAAUGGGUACCGUGGGAUUCAGGACAGUCGAAAGAUUCUGUUUCACUGUAGAUUUGCCCAUGGUACAUCAGGUAGUCCCGGUUGUUAUACUGAUCCAACCAAGGAAAACGCUGAAGUAGUUUGGAUGUUGCUUGAGGGAUAUCCAGGGUUUUAUUAUAAACACCUGACUCCUGCUGAACAGAUAGAAGUUCCAAAGGCAUACCUCAUUCAGCAGGGUAUCACAAUGGAGGCAAUUUGGAGACACAUGUCAAAGGAAAACCGAGAUUUAUGUCUAAAAAUAUUUGGUCACCGUAACGAACACUUUUUUCCAAUCUGAGGUAUUAAUGAGUCAUAACAAGUUGGGUGGAGAUUUUAGAGGUUUAUUAAAUGGUGAUAGUCGACCGGUUUACCAGUUUGGUCACAUCAGAACGGCAAAUUGCAGAUUUCUAGCCCCUGAGAUACCUUUUUUCUUGACUAAACAAUUGAUAUGAAUUGUAUUAUCAAGAAAGUCAAAAUAAGAGAGAAACUUGAUACAUUGUGAAUUGUGUGUAAUGAUCGCCCAAAAUUAGUGGUCAUUAUAUCAUAGGGCAGUGUAUCAAUGUAUUGGAUCCGUUCCCUUGUGGUUUUUAACACUGAAAUUUCCUAAAAGCACAUGGAAAAUGUCUGAAUUUAUUGAGCUUUCCCUACAUGAUUGAACUGUAAAAGGUGAUUUGUAAAAUGUGCAAUAGGAUGUGAAUCUUGUAUCACACGAAGUACUUUACCAUACAGUGCCCCACAUUAUACAAAGUAGAACUAGCGAGUUUAAGAAGUGUAGAAAGAUCUGAACAGUUCAGUAUGCUAGGGGAAGACCAAAAGUGAUAAUUAUUUUUUGGAGAAAGCAACACAUUUAUUAUGGACGAAGAAUAGGAAAAUUUGUUGGGAUGACCACAGAAAUUAACACACUUCUCGAAAAUUUUGUUGAAACAUAUUUACUAGGAAACAUUAGUAUUAUCUACAUAAUGUUCAGUUGAAUUCCUGUAAACUGUUGAAAUUAUUGUUUAAAAUGGCAAGGCUACAUAAAAUCUUGCAUGAAGAAAUGUCUUGUUCAUUAUAAAAAAAAAAAAAAAAAUCGCAGAGGGGAUUGGCAACUCUGCCCCAGUCAAGAUUAUAUAGCAC